AUGUCACAGCAGAAGCCAAAAUCUUGCGAGCCUUCGCAAGCUCCCAAAUGCUGCCCUCCUCAGGACCCACACUCCUCCCUGGCUCCCUGCUCUGACCCUGGCUGUGCUCCCUGGUCAGGAGGCUGUGGUUCUGCCUCCCAAAGCUCCCAGACUCAGAGCCCGGCCAGGGCUCAUGCUCGGAAGGCUAGCCGGAAGCCCCGCUGCCUCAGUGGUGGCACAGUCUACCACAUCAAAGAGGAGGAAUGUUAA